AAAAAAAAAAAGAGAAGAGCAAAGUGAAGUAAUAAAGUGUAUAUAUUCUCUGUUUCUGAACGCUAAUGGGGUUUACUUACCUUCAAAACCCCAAAAACUGACUGAGAGAAAUCUCUUUUCAUCAUAUAAUCGAAUCCCAAUGGAAUCUCUCUCAUCGACUCAUUCAACACUCCACCACCACCGCACUGCUUCUUCCGUCGCCGUCGGUGGCGGAGUAGCACCGCGACCUUCCUUCCUGAAAAUCAAUCAACUCCAACCUUCAAACUCCUCACACUCAUUGGUUGCUCCUCCUCUUCGUCUCUCUGCUCUUCCAAACGAAGACGGUGGUGAACUCAAUACCUUCCCUGCUCUACCUUCUCUCCCUCAGGAAAAUUUAAGUCAUUCUGAGAGUAUUGAUGAUGAUGAUACACAUCAUGAGCAAAUACAAACGGGUAUGUCAUGGUCAACUAUUACGACUCCAGGAGGAAGUGGGUCAGGUGGCGGUACCAGGGCUGGACUUUUCAGAACUCCAAUUUCUGGUGGUGUCCAGAGUGCAACCUCAGCUCAUGGUUUGCCCAGACCAGCUUUGGCAGUUCGCAAUUUGAUGGAGCAGGCCAGAUUUGCUCAUCUUUGCUCUGUAAUGUCUCGUAUGCACCACCGACGAGAAGGAUAUCCAUUUGGUUCUUUAGUUGAUUUUGCGCCGGAUUCGAUGGGCCAUCCAAUAUUCUCUUUUUCUCCUCUAGCAAUUCACACAAGGAAUUUGUUGGCUGACCCAAGAUGCACUCUUGUUGUUCAGAUUCCUGGAUGGAGUGGUUUGUCCAAUGCAAGAGUAACUAUUUUUGGGGAUGUUUAUCCGCUUUCAGAAGAUCAACAGGAAUGGGCGCAUAAGCAGUACAUUGCAAAGCACCAGCAAGGUCCUUCUCAACAGUGGGGCAACUUCUACUAUUUUAGGAUGCAGAAUAUAAGUGACAUAUAUUUCAUUGGAGGCUUUGGUACUGUUGCUUGGGUGGAUGUAAAGGAAUAUGAAACCCUUCAACCUGAUAAGAUUGCAGUUGAUGGUGGUGAGCAGUAUCUGAAGGAACUCAAUGCCAUAUUCUCAAAGCCCCUAAAGAAACUGCUAUCUAAUGAGAUUGAGGUAGAUGACGCAGCACUAAUAUCUAUCGACAGCAAAGGGACUGAUAUUAGAGUCCGUCAAGGGGCCCAGUUCAACAUUCAGAGGAUAUCAUUUGAUGAAGGGCAGAGUGUAGAAACAUUAGAAGAAGCUAAAGCUGCUCUUCAGAAAUUAAUACACAAAGGAAAAGUGUGCAAUUUGCAUAAAUAAGAUGUUGAUUUGCAGAAAUAAGAAGUUCCGUGUGCGUAAUGUUGUCCUCUCUUUCUUUGAUAGGAGUAGACAAGAUUGAAGAUUCCAAAUAAUCUUCGACUUUUUUGGACGCAUUAAUUUAUACUUUUUGCUAAGGUGGCUGACAUGCACCUGAAAUUGUAUCAUAUGUGCAAUUGCAAGGAUAUUUUAUUUAGGCUGGUGGGUCAUGAGACAUAACUGGAUUUGCUGCUGUCAAUAAUAUCUGCAGUCACUAGUCUGCUGAUAUAAACAGCCAGAUAAUUUACCUUGUGAUUUCAGCAAAUCAGUAACUUGAAAUUAACCGUCUGAUUUUCAACAUCACUGACUGUAGUGGCUGUUGAAUGCAUCAAAUCCAUUUCUGACUCGACUAGAAAUGAUUUAUCCAAACUCAGAGGAAAUAAGUUGUAUGUUUUUCUUCUUUUUUUCAAUCUUUUUGCUUGAAUAAACUUUCCAUGUCUGUUAUAAAAUGCUAGUUAAAAUUUGAUGUAAACUUCAAAGGCUAUGCUAAA